AAAAGUCAAAAUAUGCCCAAUGUAUUGGGUGUAGUUUUAUCAGUGAAGUGCCGUUUUGCUAGAAAGUAAUCUUAAAAAUCACAAUUGCACAUACACAUACAAUCAAUUUGAUCCCCUCUCCAUGUUCUCCGUGUUCCUUAAUAGGUUUUAAGCAUUAGUAAUAUGUAUAUUAAUCGUCAUAAUUCAAACUCCAGCAGGUCCCCAUCAGCCGCUCCUCUCUUUCAGUUUGGUUUUGAUAAUUUAAUCUCAUUGGAUGACUGUGCAGGACUACGCUGUCAGGUGAUGCAGAGGCAGCCUCUACUCUCUCUCGUUCUCCCUGUGGAGAAGUCGCUAGUCUCUCAACCCGGAUGCAGUGCCAUAACUAUUGGUAAUUUUGGCCAGUACGCAGCGCUGUGGGCAGAGAAGGGGGGGCGGAAAUAUUAUAGUAGUACCCUUGAAGAGGACUCUCGCCGGAUCCACACGCUCUUCAGCGCAUCAGAGCCGGGAGGGCAGGUGGAUCGUAAUUCAUACCCUAAGAUAGGGGAGGGUGUUGUCGCCACAUUAUAAGGCGCACACUCCCUGCUCCGGCGAGAUCGUGACCACUUGCACGCCGUGGCGAAAGGUUGAGAAAGAGGGAGGAAGAAAGAGGGAGGCGAGCAUCACUACAGAGAGAGAUGGCGGAGUGCGGGCGGAAGGCGCUGUCUCUCCUGGAAGCGGCCCGCUCCCGGUACGAGAGCCUGCAGAUAUCCGACGACGUGUUCGGCGAGUCCGGAGAUGACAGCAGCGACAAUCCCUUCUACAGCACCUCCGGAGACUCGGACUCAGACAACUACAUAGCCGAGGUGGGCGAGGAGGACCUCCACCAGCAGCAGCAGCAGCAGCAGCACCAUCACCAUCACCACCAAAAACGGGGCGACAAGGAGAGUGGGCACAGUGGGGGAGCAGGGGGUGGCACCAGCGCAGCCGGUCCCCCGGGCUCCCUGUCCCGUAGUCAGGCAGAGGAGGAGGGCUGGACGGAGACUCUGCAGGAUGUCACGGUGCCGCCGUACCAAGAGACAUAUGGCCCUGCUCAGAAGAUGCCGGAGACUGCCACAGCCUUGGACUUCUUCCAGCUCUUCGUGCCGGACAACUGCAUCCAAAACAUGGUCACACAGACUAACAUGUACGCCAAGAAGUUCCAGGAGCGCUUCGGCUUAGACGAAGGCUGGCGUCCUGUCACAGCCCAGGAGAUGAAGGCAUUCCUGGGCUUUGUCACUUCCACCAGUGUGCACCGCUGUGAGUCAGUGCUCAGCAUCUGGAGCUCGGGCUUCUUCAGCAACAGGAGCAUCGCCUUGAAGAUGAGCCAGGCUCGUUUUGAGAAGAUCCUCAAGUACUUCCACAUUGUGGCUUUCCGGCCGUCGCAAGGAAGCAACCAGGGUCUUUACAAGAUCCAGCCCUUCCUGGAUUCGCUGCAGCAGUCGUUCAGCUGCACCUUCAGACCAUCUCAGACACAGGUUCUUCACGAGCCCUUAAUAGAUGAGGAUCCCGUGUUUAUCACCACCUGCACAGAAAGAGAAUUGAGGAAGAGGAAGAAGAGGAAGUUCAGCCUCUGGGUUCGACAAUGCACGUCAACCGGAUUCAUCUGCCAGAUCUCGGUCCAUCUGAAGGAGGGACAGGGCACAGAUGGCCUGGCCACCUUGAAGAACAAACCUCAGCUCCACAGCCUCGUGGCCAAGCAGCUCUGCCAGAACAUCUCCGGCAAGAACACCAUAAUCUUCACUGGGCCGUCCAUCACAAGCCUCGGCCUCUUCUCAGAAUUCAGCAAACAAGAUAUUUUCUGCUGUGGUUUGCUGAGCACCAGGAAAAGUGACUGUACAGGCUUACCACAGAGCAUGCUGGUCUGUGACUCCACGCCAGCGCAGCGCGGCCAGUCACGAGUGAUGAUGAAAGGCACCAUGUCACUGAUCAGCUGGUACAACAAGGGACACUUCAGGUUCCUCACCAACGCGUAUUCCCCAACAAAACAAGGUAUGAUCAUUAAGAGGAAGAGUGGGGAGAUCCCAUGUCCUUUGGCUGUCGAGGCCUUUGCGGCGCACCUGAGCUACAUCUGCAAAUACGACGACAAGUACAGCAAGUACUUUAUCUUCCACAAGCCCAACAAGACCUGGCAGCAGGUGUUCUGGUUGAGCAUCAGCAUCGCCAUCAACAACGCGUACAUCCUCUACAAGAUGUCUGACGCCUACACAGUGAAACGCUACAGCCGAGCGCAGUUUGGAGAGAGACUGGUCAGAGAGCUGCUGGAUCUGGACGACUGCUCCCCCACGCAGUGAGGAGGAAAAAGGGAGGAGGGCGGCGAGGACAGAAGGAGCGCACAACAGAAACACACAAUCCCCACGCGUAUACUUACACUCGGUUGUGCAGACUCCGCGGUCUGUGUCUGUGUAAUAAUACUGAAGCAGUGCCAAGCCUAUGUCUCUCUUCCUAUAGCUGUUUUAGUGGCUCUGUAAAUAUUCAUUAACUCCCAACUCUGCACUACACAAUACAGAAUCUUGAGCCAUGAGACAGUUCAUAUUCCUCAACUGCAACUACUAACCACAGAGCUUUACUAAGGAUUUGUCAGCAGGAGUAGCUCACAAGCAGAGAUGAAGACGGGAACAGGGAAGAUUUCACUCGUAAAUGAUGUCAGCUCCAAGGCUUAACUGUAUGAAAAGGUGAAAUUAUUAUUAUUAAGAGCCUGAAUGAAUCUCCCGUGCUUAUUCGUCAGGCUGACAGGCUACAUGUAGCUCAGUAUUCACACUCUGCAGAGACACCUGUGACCCUGUAACAAAAGCUUAGUAAACCAGGACUAUGGUGCGUUCACACGCUGCAUGCAUUAUGAAUCUGGAUUGUGAUGUUCUAUUGUUCAGUGUGAAAAUGAUUUCUGCUCCGGGUGAGCUUUGUGUGUGUAUGUGUUUAGUAAGUGGAACUGCCAUUCGUGUGCGCGACGUUGAGCCCGAGGAUGUAAAUGUAUGGCUAUUGUGAUGAGAUGUGUCGUGUUGCUGCAUACUGUACUCACUAGAGGGGGACUGUCGGGUUGGGAUAAAGCCACACCCAGCAGUGCGCCACCAAUUCACAGCGUAAAACAGCUACAAGGACCCAGAAAAGACCUAAAAGGCCCUGAAAAAUGGGUUUUUCCUCUUUGUCAGUAAAUAUUUAUGACUAAAAAUUCAAUAAAAAGUGGCAACCUGGAAAAGGAGAAUGAAACAGCGACCCCGGUGGAAGUGAGAUGUAAUUGCAGGUGUUUUUGAAACUAACUUUUAAAAUAUCCAGACAGUGACGCCACCGUUACCUGUAUGUAAAUAUAGGUGAAGCCUAGCAUGCCUGAAGAGCUGGUUUGAAUUUUGUUGAAGCAUUUGACAACGAAUAGUGACUCAACAGAUAUUUAUUGAGAUUAAAAUCUCAAAGUAGGCUACUUUAAAGUUGUGAGUUACUAAUGGCCAAUGGAGAAAAUUUGCCUGUGGCUAUGGCGUCUAAUGGCAGAGAAUUCUUCUGUUUCACUACAGCUGAUGGUACUGAACAAGUUCAAAAUCUCCUCCAUUAAAUGUUCAGUAAGCCAGUGUUGCUAGGAGAUGAGUACAGUCUUGGACAGUGGAC